AAUCAUGAAACUUGUCGGUUUUUUAAAUACACCUGUCCAAAAUUUAACUAAAUUUUCAUAACAUCCAGUGCUUACAACCGCUUUAGUCAUCACCGCAAUGGGCACGUAAUAUUGGACCUGCCUUAAAAGACAUCGGCCUCGUGGUUUCUUUGGGCCAAUUGAUUGGGCAGUCCCCAAGGUUUAUCCCUAGUGGGUAUUUAUAGGCGCCACUAUGCCACACCAUGCAGCAGUUCACUCUAGCACAUCAAAAUGUUUGGUUAUCCAACUGGUUUUCUGGUUACCCUCGCUCUUUGUUCCAUUCUCUGCGUGAAUGGAAUCGAAGCUACUCAUCUGAGGUUCCCAGGACCCGCGAAGGGCAGAUCCCUUCCGCUGAUCCUGCAAAGGCAGGAACAGGCACCGUAUCCCCCAGCUGGCCUGGUUCCCGAUCCACCAUUCGAGCUGCCAACGGAGGAGGCGAUAGAGUUUCCUCAACCUGAGGAGACCUAUGGACUUCCAGCGGAAACCUACGGACCUCCUGCCGUUGUGGAAGAGCCAUCUGAGGUUUACGGCCCACCGGAUCAGGUUUAUGGGCCUCCCGAUCAGACCUACGGACCCCCAGAUCUGCCAGCCAACGAUGACAACUCCAACUCCUUGCCACAAAGCGCAGCUAUUAUAAAUCUGGCCAGUCUGCCACUGCCUCCUCAAGCACAGUUCGUUCUGCCGCUUCUGAACCGUUUGGCAGCCUUCCGCCCGCAGCGUCCGGUUCUCCAGACACCACAGCGUCGCCCUGCCAAGCUCACGGCUCGUCCUAGGCCCAAUCCCGCUAAGAUUGUGAACGCGAUCAAAGGAACUUCAGUGUUUCCAUCGACUCCUCUGGCUUUGCCCUUCGUGGAUCGCCGCAUUCCCUUUCGCCCACAGCCAUCUCGCCUGAUAGUGAAUGCACCUUUGAGACGCCCAUCGAGGCACUAGAGCACACUACUUACCAUUCUGACCCAGAGCAGUGUGCACCAAUGUUAAACAUACGCUGUAAAUAAAAUUUGUUGUUUAUGUCUAA